CAGAGUCACCCUCCCUGUUGUACCACCCGUCACCAGUCUGUCAUGCGUCCCCUCACUGAAGAAGAGAGCAAAGCUGUAUUCGAGAAGCUCGCAAACUAUAUCGGAAAGAACCUCAUCCAUCUCAUCGACCGCAAAGACGAACCCUAUUGCUUCAGACUUCAAAAAGACAGGGUUUACUAUGUCUCUGAGUCUUCGAUGCGCCUUAGCAUAUCUGUUGGUCGAACAAAUCUCAUCAGCCUCGGGACAUGUUUUGGCAAAUUUAGCAAAAGUGGAAAAUUCAAACUGCACAUUACCGCCCUCGACUACAUCGCUCAGUAUGCCAAAUACAAGGUCUGGAUAAAACCCAACGGCGAGAUGCCUUUCCUCUAUGGCAACCACGUCGUCAAAGCACACGUUGGACGGUUGACGGAGGACACCCCAGAACAUCAGGGUGUUGUGGUUUUCAGUAUGAGCGACAUACCAUUGGGUUUUGGUGUGACUGCUCGAUCGACAAUAGACUCGCGAAAACUAGACCCAACCGCAAUAGUGGUGUUCCAUCAAGCUGAUGUAGGAGAGUACUUGCGAGACGAGGAGACCCUCUUCUGAUACGGCCAAAGUCAUCCCUGUUUUUCCAUCAUCUCCUUCGGCUUCAUUGCUCAUUUCUCUGGUCACAUGGGAGGGAACACGGACCUGCACUAGACAGUCAUGUUUGUUUCGCCGCCGAAGUGCUCGGGCCCGCGUUGAACAUGCACAACUCACGACACGCAUUCUUACGGUAGAAGUAGUAAAAGUAUGUAUUGUACAUUAUCAUAAUGAACGCAUUCGUAUCGUCCGCGCUCUUGUGUCUCUGAAUAAAUUUACUUGC